AUGUUUAUCAAAUCGAUUGUCGGUCUUACCAUUGUUGCUCUCGUUGCAGCUCAGGAUGGAGGAACUACCUACAAUUCUACCAUUGAUCCAGCUACCGUCCCGGCUCCUACGAGAUCUCAAUGGUGCUCCGGUGAAAUCUCUACUUGCGGUACUUUGUGCUCUGGUAACUACGACGCCAACACCUGUGAUACUGAAACCUUGAAUUACACCUGCACCUGCUCGUCCAACCAAUCUUCCCCAGGUCUCCAGUACUACACUCAAACCAUGCCAACCUUCAUCUGCCAACAAGUCCAUAACAACUGCAUUGUUGCCGGAGAGAACGAUGCCGCCGCCCAAAAGGUAUGCAACGAAAACGAAAAGACCAACUGCGGUCAUUUGGAUCCCGAUAACUUCACUGCUGCGGCGGCUACUUCGGCCAGCUCCUCCAGUGCCUCCGCAACUGCCACCGAUACAUCAGCUUCCACUGCCACGAGCGCCGCUCCAGCAGCUACUUCUAGCGCGGCCGCAUCAGCUUUGAACAUUGGUCGUGAAUAUGGUACCGGAAUCCUCGCUGCAGGUGUUGCUGGUAUCUUUGGCUUGUUGCUUUAA